GAUUGGUUCAUGAUAUAGUUCAGCGCGGCGGUCGUUGUCUUAUGCCUGUUUUCGCGCUGGGACGUGCACAGGAGUUACUCUUGAUUCUUGACGAAUAUUGGGAAGCACAUCCAGAAUUAGAAUCUGUUCCCAUUUAUUACGCAUCUUCUUUAGCCAAAAAAUGGCCAUGUGUAAUGAUGGCCAGUCCUGGUAUGUUACAACAUGCCAUGACAGAACCACCAGAAAUAUCAACAUUGUCAGGUGCUAAAAUUCCAUUAAAUAUGUCUGUUGAUUACAUAUCUUUUUCGGCUCAUGUUGAUUAUAUACAAAACAGUAAAUUCAUUGAUGAGAUUAAAGCUCCUCAUGUGGUUCUUGUUCAUGGAGAAUCUAAUUCAAUGGCUAGAUUGAAAGCUGCUUUACAAAGCAAGUAUGUUGAACGAGAAGAAAAUAUUAAAAUUUAUUCUCCAAAGAAUUGUGAAACCGUCAAGUUAUAUUUCAGAGGAGAAAAAUUGGCAAAGGCUAUAGGUCGCUUGGCGGCAAAAUAUCCUAGUGAAAAUCAACUUGUAUCCGGAAUUAUUGUAUCUAAAGAUUUUCAAUUCAACAUUAUGGAUCCUAAUGAUCUUAAAGAUUUUAGCGGGAUUCCUACUUCUGCGAUAAUUCAAAAGCAAACUAUUGCAUACCACUCUUCUUUCUCUCUAUUAAGGUAUCAUCUGGAACAGAUGUAUGGUCCACUUGAAGAAACUUUAGACGACGAUAACGUUCCCACUUUUACCAUGGAAACGGAAUUGUCACCCCUGAAUACAUCAACAUUACGAGAAGCUACUGAAAAUUAUUUAAGAAAACAAUUCGGAGAAAUUUAUAGUAAGGACAACUCUGAAGAUGAAAUCAUCAUUAAAAUAGAUGAUAGUGUUGCAGAAGAAGUCAAUACAGAUGAUGAUAUGUUAAGAAACAGAAUAACCACAAUACUACCUCGCAUUAGCAAACUUUUACAUCCUUUAGAAUUCUGUCCUGA